ACAGGGCAUCCGCUGAUUUAAAGCAUAAAAUUCGCCUGACAGUCACUGCGGUUUAUGCUCUCUUCUCUUUUUUCUUAAGACAUAUACGAGCCAUGGCCACCGAAGAAGACCGAGAGCACAAAUUAAGCCAAGUGCUAGAGACAUACUUUAGCGAUGCCAAUUUAUUGUGGGAUAAGAUUAUGCAAGCUAAAAUCGCGGCGGACGUGAAUGGAUACGUUCCUUUUACGAGUCUUCAAUCGCUCAAAAAAUUCAAAGCGUUGGACGUUACUGCUGAGGAAAUAAAAUCUGCUGCCGAGAAGUAUUCACUGAAUAAGCUGGAGUUGAGCAGUGACAAAUCAAGUAUUCGGAGAAUCAAGCCCUUUGUACCCAAUAAAAAGGAGGAAUUGGAUGAUUGGUCUAUCUACGUGGAAGGUUUACAGAAACCUUAUGAUCAAGAGCAGAAUAUCCGGGAACUCUUGCGCAAAUGGAUCGGUCACAUCUCGUUUGUUCGUUAUCCAGCAGAUAAAGUUGGCAAUACUCGAUUUUGGGGCUAUUGCUUUGUUGAAUUCGACGACCAGGCCAACGUUGACAAAGCAGUUCGCUUAUUGAACCGAUACAACGUGGAUUCCGAGGCCAUAGAUGAGGAUUUGGAUCCAGCCGACAAAGAACAAAUCGACAAAUUGAACUUGCGUGUCAUGUCAAAAAAUAAGUGGAAUGAUUUCAAGGCGCAAUACCUUCGACAUCAGAAAGAACGAAAGGCCGAUAUCCAAAAACUUUGGUCCGAGUAUAAAGAAACACAAACAGUUCCUGCCACAUCCAACAAAAGAGCGGUUGACGCGGAUGAUCGCUCGGCCGUGCAAGCGAAUAAAAAGCAAAAAGUAAACGAGAAUCCCGGCGAAGCUGCACCAGCGUUCCAGAAAGGAGUCAUUGUACUGGUUACCAAUGUCCAUGUGAAGAGCUCAAAAACAGUCGUCAAACAAUUAUUAGAACAGGCAGGGGUCUCGGUUGCAUUUCUCAAUUACAAAAAAGGCGUCCCUUCGGUUCACGCACGACUAGAGAGCUCAGAAGACGCACAGACACUGGCAUCUUAUUAUGAGCAGCAUAAAGUUAUCCAGGAACACGGAAAUGAUGCCACAGGAAAAGAAGUGGACCCUUCUACUGCAGCACAACACAUCAAUGUGAGGGUGAUAUCCGGUAAAGAGGAACAAAUUUAUUGGGAACAAGACGAACAGCGGAAAAAGAAACCACGAUCCUCCAAAGCGUCUUCAUAAUUUCUGACCCAGAGAAGCCAAAAAAAAAAAAAUACAAUUCACGGAUUACAGCGCGGAGCCCUCAAUUGAUGACGUCCCACAAGCUGAAUUUGUUAUGCCAGCUUUUUGCAUUUUUUUUCCUCUUCGUUUGCAU